CCUGAAUCAAACAAAUAAACCCUACUUUGAUUGACGCCAUAACGGCGCAGCACGAAAAGCUUUAGCCCCAAACAUUUCAUUUUAGGGUUUCUGCAACUAAAAAAAUGGGCAAAGGAACUGGAAGCUUUGGGAAGAGGAGGAACAAGACGCACACACUCUGUGUACGAUGCGGACGCAGAAGCUUCCAUAUCCAGAAGAGUCGCUGUGCUGCUUGUGCUUAUCCAGCAAGCCGCGUCCGAAAAUACAAUUGGAGUGAGAAGGCCAUCCGAAGAAAAACCACAGGAACUGGCCGUAUGAGGUACCUCCGUAAUGUCCCCCGCAGGUUCAAGACUAACUUCAGAGAAGGUACUCAAGCAACCCCCAGGAACAAGUCCGUGGCCGCAUCCUCCUAAGAAUUUGAAGGGUGAUUUUGUAUGUUUUGUUUUGAUCGAGUUUAUGAGAUUCCUGUAACGAGAUUUGAAUCAUUACAUAUUGAGUUUUUUUCACUUUUAAAUCUUAAGUGUUUUUGGGAAAUUCAUUAGUAGUAACAUAAAUUAUGUUGCGUUCCUUAUUUCUAAUUUCUUAUCAAAUGAAUUUUGUUAAAGGUGAUUCAGAUUAAAGCUCGCAGUUUUUCCAU